CCUCCCUGGACGCGCUCAAGAUCAGCCUUCGCCAGCUCCGGUGGAAGGAGGCAUGACGGAGAUGGUACGUAAAAUCACUCUGAGCAGAGCGCUGAGAAUCAUGCAGAACCUGUUUCCGGACGAGUACAACUUCUACCCUCGCUCGUGGAUUCUGCCUGACGAGUUCCAGCUCUUUGUUAGUCAGGUCCGAACGGUGAAAGACGGUGACCCCACCUGGAAGCCUACUUUUAUUGUGAAACCAGAUGGUGGUUGUCAGGGUGAUGGAAUUUACCUCAUUAAAGAUCCCAGUGACACUCGCCUGACUGGGACCCUCCAGAGCCGGCCGGCAGUGGUCCAGGAGUACAUUCGCAAGCCUCUCCUGAUUGACAAGCUCAAGUUUGACAUCCGUCUCUACGUCUUGCUAAAGUCCUUGGAACCCUUAGAGAUUUAUAUAGCCAAAGAUGGACUCACUAGAUUUUGUACAGAGCCAUAUCAAGAGCCCAACCCCCAUAAUCUGCACCAUAUCUUUAUGCACUUGACCAACUACUCACUGAAUAUCCACAGUGGCAAGUUCGUCCACUCCGACUGCGCCAGCACGGGCAGCAAGCGGACCUUCUCCAGCAUCCUUUGUAGACUGUCUUCCAAAGGCGUGGACAUCAGGAAGGUCUGGUCUGAUAUCAUCUCCUUAGUUAUUAAGACUGUCAUCGCCCUGACCCCGGAGCUCAAAGUUUUCUACCAGUCAGACAUCCCGACAGGGAGGCCGGGGCCCACAUGCUUCCAGAUCCUAGGCUUUGACAUUCUCCUGAUGAAAAACCUGAAGCCCAUGCUGCUUGAAGUGAAUGCAAACCCCAGCAUGAGAAUUGAGCAUGAAUACGAACUCUCUCCAGGGGUGUUUGAAAAUAUCCCCAGCAUGGUGGAUGAAGAGGUGAAGGUGGCCGUGAUCAGAGACACCCUGCGCCUCAUAGACCCGCUGAAGAAGAAAAAGGAGAUUCAGUCUCAGCAGCCGGAAAAGCUUUUCACUUCAAAGGAAAAUCUGGACUAUGACCUGAGCGGCGACCCCAACUCCAGCCCUGAUGCCCACCUGCCCUCCAUUUGCCUCAAGCAAGUGUUCCCCAAGUAUGCCAAGCAGUUCAACUACCUGCGCCUGGUCGACAGGAUGGCCAAUUUGUUUAUCCGAUUCCUGGGGAUCAAAGGGACGAUGAAGUUGGGACCAACUGGCUUUCGGACCUUCAUAAGGAACUGCAAGUUGAGUAGCAGCAGCCUGUCCAUGGCCGCUGUGGACAUCCUCUACAUUGACAUCACAAGGAGGUGGAACUCCAUGACCCUCAACCAGCAGCGGGAGUCAGGGAUGUGUCUGCAGGCGUUUGUUGAAGCUUUCUUCUUCCUGGCCCAGAGGAAGUUCAAGAUGCAGCCCCUCCACGAGCAGGUGGCCUCCUUGAUCGACCUGUGUGAAUAUCACCUAUCCCUGCUGGACGAAAAACGCUUGGUGUGCGGCCGGGGCCGGCGCCCCCAUAGUAGCCCUCCCCAGCAAAUGAACCCACAACCCAGUGAGCUGUAGGCAUCCCUGCACCCCGAGUGAUUGGUGUUAGCAAGCUCUCUUACUCCAGACACACUCUUCCCUGAAGGCCACACUGUCCUCUUGGAAGAAGGUGUGCCCUUGGGGGCUGGGUACCCUGAGCUUUGCACCCCUGCCGGGAGUCACCAGGGUUUCAGCUGCCAUCCUUUCUGUGUUCUGCAGGGUUCUCGCCUCGCAUGGCCAAUUCUGGGCCACCCUCCUCCCAGCACCUUGUGGUGACCCACCCGUUUGUGAGUCAUCAGUGGACCUAUGACCUCUGAGAUGUGACGGAUGGCACCUGCUAUGCCAGGCUCCUGGGAAGCACCAACUGGGCCAGCUUUGUUGUGCUUGGGCAUGCAGAGGAUUGGAGGGUUGGGGAGAGGACAGACCAUCUCAAAGCAGAGAGCUGUGGACGUGGAGAACAGUACCCCAGGGUCUGCUGGGGCCUCCGAGAGCCUGCUGGUCAGAGCUUGGCGUCACUGCGUCUCUUUCCUUCCGCCCGUUCCCUGAAAAGAAGUGGAAAUAUCAAGAAGGCGGACACCCCGACCGUGUGCUGCACGGGGGGUACUUAACAGAUUGACCUCACUUAUUUCAUGAGCUUGCCUGUCGCUGCCAUGUGAUUUGUUACUAAUUAAGAAACGACGAAGAAAUAACGCAGUAAGGUUCUCCAGGCUCCCCAUCCAGGUUCCCUGCAAAGGUGGGCUGCUGACUCAAUGGCCAAGAGCCACUGGGUGCCCAGCACUGUGCUGUCAGCCCUGAGUGAGGGGAGGGCGUUCAGAGGGGAGAAUGGAAGGCCCCAAAGGGAGCCAGGACAAGCAGGAGUGUGUGUAGAGCGCGUGGCGGCCUAGACCAGAACAAUCAGUGUUCUCAAAUGUCUACUGCGAGGGACAGAGUUUGAACACCUUUCUGCAUGCUCCUCGGGACCCCUCGGGCAGAACAAGUGGGUGUCACAGCAGAAGUCCCAAAGGAGACGUGUGUGGGGACUGCUGUUAGCCAGCCUGGAGCAGCACAGCCGUAGAAAGCCAUUAAAGCUGUGACUUGACACUGCCUCUCAGAAUGAGUCUUCAGAAAGUGCUAGCACACACGGAGCGGAGGCUUGAGGAGGGGUGGAGGGGAAAACCGGUUCAAGAGGUUGAUGUCUAGAGGGGUAGGCCGUUGUUGGUUAUGGGAGCUUGUCACUGACAAGUUGGCCCCCGUUCCAGUAAGGUGAACGGAGAGCAAUGCAGAUGGCUCCUUCCUAGCAGGUUAGGGACAGAGCCAGAGAGCCCAGGCAGGCCGUGGGGAGGGGAAGGGGGGUGGACAGUGCUCUGACCACUGUGGCUUAAAUCCCUUCUUUAGAAGGACCCUUGAGAUCCAGCCCAGCAGAUAGACUAGGCUCGGCUUUUCAUCUGUUGGAGGCUGGAGCUGUGACCCACCAGCCUAGCCAGGAGGGAGCCUACAAGGACAUAGCCUUUCAGUUUAGUUGUUUAAAUGCUGAUCCUCCAGCACACCCACCCUCAGCCCCAGCCCUGGCAGAACAGGGCCUCCUGUAGCUCCAUGCUUCCAUUCCCCAAACAAGUCUCUGGGAAGGUAAAGGGGGGGUCCCCUUGUAUUACCUCAGGAAUUCUGUCUUCCCCCUAGCUCAGACUUCAGCAGGUCUCUCUCUGAUAUGCCCCACUCUUCCCUGUCCCUUCCUCCCUAAGAUCCUGGAGGGCACCAGCGAGCCUUCAAAUCCUGCUGAAACCACCCCCAGUCAAGGGCUUUUUGAUCAAGCCCCUCCCUUUCUUCCCUGUGAGCCACAAUCCUGGUUUUGACACUCUGGCUUCCUAGAACUCUAGCAAUCUGUUCUCAGAACAACAAUGAGUCAUUUCUCCACUGGCAAGAAGACCCUGGCAGGCCCCCCUGCUCAGGAUUUCCCACCCCUCCCUUGCUGCCACCUCUACCUGGUCCACUCAGAUCCCUCUGCCCAAUAGAAAACAACUUUCUCUCAAGGUUCAGUUCAGGCAUCUGCCACAGCUGCCCCACCCCAAUUCUCCUCACCCUCACAGAAUGAACAGCUUCUUCAGGCGUGUCCAGGAACCUGGAAAGCCCCCCUCUUUGUCCCACGUACCUGUGGUACCCCAGCUGUGACGUUUUUUCAGGAUCAGGCAUGUACUGUUGGGGCCAGAGAAGCUAUUGGGCACAGAGCCAACACGCAGGGUCUGGCAGGUGCUUGUUGAACUGACAGGAAACUGAGCAGCUCCAGGUGAGGAGACUUCCCCUUCCCCUCACGCUGUGGAUGCCAGUAAGAAUCUUGGCUUUAGCUGGGCGGUCAUGGUGCACACCUUUAGUCCCAGCACUUGGGAGACAGAGGCAGGUGGAUUUCUCUGAGUUCAAGGCCAGCCUGGUCUACAGAGUGAGUUCCAGGACAGCCAAAACUACACACAGAGAAACUCUGUCUCAAAAACAAAACAAAACAAAAAGAAGAGAAAAAAGAAAAGAAAGUAUGGCUUUGGGGGCUGGAGAGGUGGCUCAGCUGUUAAGAGCAUUGGCUGGUCUUCCAGAAGACCCAGGUUCAAUUCUCAGCACCCACGUGGCAGCUCACAACUGUCUGUAAUUACUGCCCUGGGCGGGGGGGGGGGGUCU